AUGAAAAUAAUUAAACUAGCCACAUUGUCGUCUGGGCAUCCGCGCAAUGCGGACGUGCGUACAGAACUGGCGGGAGAGGUGACCGAAUUAAUAGCUGCGAAUUUCGCGGCGAAUAACGAUUUGGAUUGUUAUAAUAAAUUCUCAGCAAUCACGGCCGAGGCUGACACUGCUGUCAAAGACAAUAUUAAUGAAGAAACUGAUCCAAGUAGCGUCAAAAGCUACGAUGAUAAAGAUAGUUGGUGUCUUCAAACAUGGAGUGACAUGCCAAGUCACUUGCAAUUCAAUCCGCACAUUAGGACUGGCUACAGACAAAUCACCAACUUAAAAGGAUGCAUAAGGAGUCUGUUUUACAUUCACAAUGAAACCGUCAACACAUUCACUCACGGUCUAGCUAUCUUACAUAUCUUACUAACGAUUCCCGGGUUAUUACCAUGGGAAAAAGGCAUUUUCUUUGGUUUUAUUUCCUGGUGUCAUUUAAUCGGUGCUGUAAGUCCAUGGAUUGGUUCAUUUAUCUACCAUUUAUUUAUGAAUCUCAACUACGGAGAAAAAUUUUACCGAGGAUUAUUAAAGCUUGAUAUGCUUGGCAUUUGGGUUUGCCAAAGUAUUGGUGCAUUACCAAUGAUAGCAACAUCAGUGCACUGUCUUACCCCGAUACUUUGGUAUUCAACGAUGCUGCUGUAUGUCUUCCUGAGCAUUUGGGGCUUGUUUAAGGCAAUGAAAGCCAAGUCACCGUGGGAGAGAAGGCUCUGCUUCGCGCCUCCAUUCAUGAUGAGAAUGAUUUUUUUGACACUCAGAUGCUUUCAUUUAACUGGCGGUGAUCCUGAUAAUUUAACACAUAUCGUACUGCAAGACCUUGUUGCGGUUAUUGGUGGAGCAAUAGGUGCAUUAAGAAUACCAGAAAAAUGGUUACCAGGUCAAGUUGAUUUUAUUUUUAAUUCGCAUAAUAUCAUGCACGUAGUUGUUGUAUGUGCCGUUUGGUCAAUGCACGCAGCUACAAUACGUGAUAUCAAGUGGAUGAUGAAUCCCGACGUUUGUUUAGAUACUUCCAAUACUUCAAAUUCUUCUUAUUCUUCUUCUCCAGCUUUUAUUCAUGAUGAAUUAUAAUUAAUAACCAACCAAUUAAUUAAUUAUAAAAUUACUACAAUUAAUAUUAAUUAUAAUCUUGUUAAUAGGUUGAUAUUUAAAAAUUCCAGUUCUUAUUGUCCUGUAACACUGUGAUCAAUGAUUGAUGAGUUUGAUGAUCUGUGAUUAAAUAAUUAAAAUAAUUAUAAAGUGGUUCGAUCAUGUGUGAGAGAUAAAAGUAUUUAAAAAUGUUGUGCAGGAUUGUUUC